AUGCGAGCGCUGAAACCAAGGAAGGGUAACAUGGCCAUUGCGGACAUGUUGGCGUUGCUGCCAACAAGCAGUCACUGGUGGUUGGCUGAGGAAAAUGUGGCGGGCGUCCAAUUAAGUCGGCACGCGGAGUCCAUUUGGAUGCACACUGUGGGACGGCGGAGCCCCUCCUACACUUCGAUGACGGGACUGAAGAUUCUGGCGUGUGCUCGACGCCAUGCGAAUUGGAUGUUCAGUUCCCCAGGUAUGAUGCAAAGGGCAUUAUGGUUUGCGGGUCGCGACCCGAUGUAUACACGUCGGUCAAUGGAAGAGUAUGAACUGUGGCGCGCAGUAGAGAACAGUCGGGCUAUGAACUGGGUCUUUCAAUCCAGGUUGCCGGCGGGCAAGGGGGCUCAGACGGGUUUUCUGCUUACGGCGGGUCCCCUACCCACGGCAGCCGGCUCGGACUGGUCACCGGAGUCCGGCAUGGAGGGGGAGGCGGCCGUUGAAAGUGAGGCGGACGAUGAUUCCGAGAUUGGCCGGCUCUUAUUCGAAUUGUCGGAAGAGGGCUUCACGCAGCUAUCCGCCGAGGCGUCCGCCCCGCCCGGAUUGUUCGCUCUGCCCCCCAACAAGGGCAGCCGCUUGAGUCGGUGCCUCCCUGGUUUGAUUCUCUGGGCAGACUUCCGCCGCAACUGCAAGAACAUGCCGCGACGAACCCAGUGGGAGCGGCUGGCCCUGCUCUCUCGCUGGUACCCCGAGCAGGCCUGCCAGGCGGUGCUCAAAGACCUGGAAGAAGUAAUUGACCUGCCCGCCCGUCUGGCGCCUGUCCUGCUCGCUCACACCGUACUCACUGACCCGGGUGGCCCGCAGCUGGCUGUUUCUCCGGAGCACCUCAAAAAAACGGCCAACCUCUGGUGGUUUGACCGACAAAACGAGGGCUCCGUACUCAACCUCAAGCACCCACUCCGUGGUUCGAGUCCAGAGACAGACCCCAUCGUCGAUAAAAUUGCCGCAGAUGUACUGAGCUUUCUGUCGUCCCUCACGAAUCUGCUUCGUAAAAAGCACCAAAGCCAAGCCACCCAUGGCCCGUCUGGUGGCCAGGUAGUGUCUGGCUCUUGGCUAGCUUGUGCGGAUGAGAUUCGUUACUGGAUGAAGAAGGUGGCAAUGCGACGCAAGGCAAUGCUCAAGGCACGUUACAAGGCGGCCUACAGAGAGUGCAGGGAGCAGCUGGAGGCAGCGUACUUCUCGGAGACCUCGGUGACCGCGGUAGAGUUGCCCGUGGGUUGCCGGAACCGCGUGCGCGCGCCGAGCGACUUCCAGAAUUACGAGCUGCGCCAGUGGGCGUUCUUUGAGGAGGAGUUGGUGCUCGCGCUGAUUCACGGAUGCAUCCGGCUUGAGGCGAUGGAGUCGUGGUACAACUGCCGCCUGGUCGCCAAGGCGCUGGACUUCUCUAUGUCGCGCGUCCACCGGGCCUUUAAGUUCUCCGUUUCCACAGGCCAGUUCGCCUGUCUCUAUGAGUGGCAACUGGACGACGCGAUUGAGUGGGUCGCAACUGAGCAAGCUCAGGACUACGCCUGUCGUGUAGGAGGUGCAAUCGCGACCACUCUCUGGGAUCUAGCGGGGGAAGACGUUGGCACCGGGGGAGACCUAGCCGUGGCAGAGCUAGCCGGUGGGGACCUGGACGGCGGAGACUUAGUUGGGGGAGGCCUGGUGACCGUAGAAUCGGACGGCCCGACAGCCGCGAAACGCCGGAAACGGGACUAUUAA